AAAAAUAAAAGAAAUAACAAUAAUACUUUGGUAUGGCCGCCUGAGAAACUCUCCUUCCACUUUCUUCUUCUUCUUUUCUCCCUCUCUCUCUCGAUCUCGAUGGAUGCAGCAGCAGCAGCAGCAGGAGGGGGAUACGCGUGAUCCUGCUGUAUCUAUAGCCCUAACCCAACCCAAUAUACCACUUACUAUACAAGAAGUCCGUUUACGAUCAAAUUCUGUAUAUGUUUUUCACCGAAAACUAGUGCUCAUGUGCCAGUAGAUUGGUUGAGGCCAGGGUUUGUACAACAACAAUUAUUGUACUACCUUUAGAUGGAGGACUACUUUUUAUUAUUUUGUGCUUCCUUUCUUUACUUUUCUAUGUGUGGAUCAUAAAGUUUCUUUUGAUUUGGCUCAAAGAAAGAGAGAAUUGCACUCAUGGAGAAGGGGAAUGAAGAGCCAAAUAAUAGCACAGGUUGGGGUGCUUCAUUCUUUGUGCAGCACACAACUGAAGAUGUUUCCCUGAAUCCACCAUCACCUGCAGCAGCAAGACCAUCAGUUGUAUUUUCAUCGAAAGGGGAUAGCGGUAGCCCUCUUCAAAAGCUUCAGACUCAAGUUUUCAGAGUACUAAAAGGCUUCUCCCCUCCCCUUGAAGACAAAACUAGAACCUACAAUCCAGAAGUAUUAACCAGCCAAAAGCGUCAAUGGGCAAGCUUUCAAUUACAGGCCCUGCACCAAAGGAUAUUAAAAGAACCAUCGAGGCUAUUUGAGAGCAUGGUAGUGGUUGGAUUGCAUCCAAACUGUGACAUUCAAGCACUUCAAAGGCAGUAUUUUGGUAGAAGAUCUGAUGUUCCGGGGAGGUUUCGUAGUGCACUUAGUGUUCAGAAUCAGUUUCGUGUAGAGCCAAAUCUCGAGCCUCAGGUUCUUUUUGUAUACCCUCCUGACAAACAACUGCCUUUAAGGUCUAAGGAUCUCCUUUCGUUCUGCUUUCCUGGUGGAUUGGAGGUUCACACUAUUGAGAGAACGCCAUCGAUGAGUGAACUGAACGAAAUACUUCUUGGACAGGAACACGUCAAACAAAAUGAUCUAUCCUUUGUAUUCAGGCUGCAGGGUGCAGAUGAUUCAAUUCUGUAUGGAUGCUGUGUUCUAGUUGAUGAGCUGGUGCAACAACCUUCUAGAUUAAUUUCUAUGAUGGGAGAUGGACAACUUUCUUCCCCACCUUUGAGCCGCCAUAUUUUGACAACCCGUCGGUGUUAUUGCAUUCUCACAAGGCUUCCAUUUUUUGAACUGCAUUUUGGAGUCUUGAACAGCAUCUUCAUUGAAGAAAGACUGGAACGAUUAACUAAAUGUAUCAGCAAUUUAGAAGUGGAAUCAGUGUAUGACAAUGAAGUAUGUUUGGAGGACAAAAUAGCUGAUUAUGGAUCUCAAGAACUGUGUAAUGGAACCACAGAAAGUGUCCAAUUAACCGUGAGCAAUUCUGCCAGUGAAAGAGUCAGUGAUUGUGUUACACCAGUUGGUCCUGAAAUAGAGAUGGAUUCAUCUAGCAAAGAAUGUGACAGUCCUGCUGUUGAUGAUACGGUUUCCAACAAACACGAUACUCAAAAGCAGAUACCAAAUGCAAUCCUGCCUCUUCUUCGCUACCAUCAAUAUGAUAGCUCGGAUUCUUCAUCAAGUUUUCAGGGUUCUCCUAGUGAAGACAGGAGCUUUAGGAGUGAUGUUGAUUCACCAGAAACAGAAGAGGCAUCUUUUUCUGGUCAAGAAGAUAACGACCAUAACGAGAUUCUUGAUUGGGCCAAGACCAGCAACCAUGGAUCGUUGCAGAUUAUCUGCGAGUAUAAUCGUUUAUGUGUCCCUGCUAGAGGUUCAACAAUUAGAUUCCACCCAUUGGACCACCUGCAUCCUUUGGAAUAUCAUAGACCUGAUGAAACAGUUUUGCAUAUUGCUGGUUCAAAAGUUGAUUUGAUGUCAUGCAACACAAGUUUUGAACUGGCAGAGGCUCACAAAGCACUUGCUGUGGAGGAAGAAGCAACAGCUUUAUCAGUGUGGGCAAUUUCAAGCCUAUGUGGCGCCUUGCGUCUUGAGCAUAUCUUGACGAUAUUUGUAGGUGCUCUGCUGGAAAAGCAAAUUGUGUUUGUGUGUUCUAAUCUGGGAAUAUUAUCUGCCUCUGUGUUGUCAAUUAUCCCUUUAAUUCGUCCCUACCAGUGGCAGAGCUUCUUUAUGCCAGUAUUGCCAAAUGACAUGCUAGACUUUUUGGAUGCACCAGUACCUUUUAUAGUUGGUGUGAAGAGCAAAACUGCUGAAGUACAAUCCAAGUCGGGAAAUGUCAUUCUUGUUGAUGCAAACAAGAACCAGGUCAAAUCAUUAUCAAUACCACAUUUCCCCAAGUACAAAGAGUUGUAUGCCGCAUUAACUCCGUAUCAUGCUCAACUUGUGGGCGAAAGUUAUUUAGGGAAAAAGAGGCCGGUUUAUGAUUGCACAGAUGUGCAGGUAGAAGCUGCAAAGGGAUUCUUGAGAGUAUUAAGAUCUUAUUUGGAUUCACUUUGCUCUAACCUACGUUCUCACACAAUUACAAAUGUUCAGUCCAAUGAUGACAAGGUAUCGUUGCUAUUGAAGGAGAGUUUCAUCGAGUCUUUUCCUAGUCGUGAUCGACCUUUUAUGAAGCUAUUUGUGGACACACAACUCUUCUCUGUACAUACAGACCUGGUGUUAUCUUUAUUUCAAAAGGAUUAGCAGUUGUAACUUAUAGUUAUGUAAAAUUGUUUGUUUUUCCAUUUGUACUCUUGAAUUCACAAUGGCUGACUAUAUAUUAAUGGCAGGCAGUAACAUUAUAUAAAUCGCUUUCGUAAUCAUCAACAGCCUUGUUUUUCUAA